AUGUCCAUCCCCCUCCACACCAUAACCAGCCUCCGCACGACCUUCUCCCCCUUCAGCCGCCUCUCAAAACCCUGCCGCCUCUUCGUCUCCCUCCUCCAAAACCCUGCGACCGCCUCACCCGCCUCCUCUUCACACAUCAAAAUCGACAUCACGCACCUACCACGCGACUCCAAGCAGCUGCCGGAGAUGACGGUAGGGUUUAAGGGGGGCAAGGAGUUAAGGUUGGAGGUGGGGAGGUUGGGGCUUGGGGUCAAGGAUGUUGUAGAGGAAGUGGGGAGGGUGGGAAGGGUGUUGGCUAAGGAGGAGAGUUUGAAGGGGUAA